CCGCGCUGCUGAGCCUCCGCACGACUCGCCCAUUUUCCGAGGCGUUCUUCCUCUCGCCGCUCCCGUCCCCCCCAAUACCGGGGAUAGCGAGGGAUACCCCCCACCCCCAGAAAAGCUGUUACCGGGGAAGGGCGGCCUGGCAGAGCCCCCGGUAGGGCAGGUCCAGUUUACCUCGGCCGGAGCUGGUUCCGUGCCUUCGGCAGACCCAAACUCUUGCCCUCCCCGCCACCCUACUCGCGUUGUAAAGAGGCGCAGGGUGCUCGGCGAACGGGAUUUGCCGGAGAGGAUGCCGAGGAGUCUUGACAGGUGCUAGCCAGAGCAAGUGCCAAAUUGUCCUGGGGAAAGCGGGGAGGGAGGCUGUAGGGUUGGUUCGUUUUUUUUAAUUUAAAGCCCGUUAGUCUCCGGUCGGCCUUGGGUGUGAGUGAAAAUAAGGGUGGGUAAAGAGGACAAAAUCAAAUAUAUACCGCCCUGUGUAGAGAAGUGUGGAAAAAGCAGGACUAUCUCUAGGAUUGCAGAGGUAUGCUGGAAAUUAACAUUUGGAGAAAAGAAUCUGAAGAAACUUUGGUCAGCUAGGUUAGGGAACGUGGCCCACUUCCUUUAAUGCUGCUGGGAUGAAUAAGAAUCUCAAAAAAUGAGAAUUGCUUAGUUCUCUGAAAGGGUCUAUCAGGCUUCCCUGUUGUGAAAUAUACCUUCUGACCCAGUAUUUUAUUUCUGUGGCUCUUGUUACUCAAAAUCCCCUUUCGUUACUAUGUUGGCCGAGCAAGCUCAAAAGUGGUUCCCAACUCAUGUGCAAGCCACAGUCCUUCAGGCCAAAGGUCUCAAACCAAAGGGCAAAAGUGGCACUAAUGAUACAUACACUAUCAUACAGUUGGGAAAAGAGAAGUACUCCACUUCGGUGGCGGAGAAGACCCUUGAUCCAAUAUGGAAAGAAGAAGCUUCGUUUGAGCUGCCUGGAUUGCUGAUGGAAGGGAACUCUGAAAAAUACAUUCUCUACCUGAUAGUCAUGCACAGGUCUCUUGUUGGGCUUGAUAAGUUUCUGGGACAAGUGGCAAUUAAUUUAAAUGAUAUUUUUGAGGACAAACUGAGAAGGAAAACAGAAUGGUUUCCCCUCGAGUCUAAACAAGGAAAACGAACUAAAGACAGAGGAGAGAUAAAAGUCAAUAUUCAGUUUGUGAGAAACAACAUGACAGCGAGCAUGUUUGACUUGUCAAUUAAGGACAAAACCAAAUCUCCUUUUGCCAAAUUAAAGGACAAAAUGAAGGGUCGUAAGACAGAUGGGACAUUUUUGGAUACAUCUUCUGCAAUCAUUCCAAGUACUCAUACACCAGAAACUAACAAUAUAACAUCCCUCAAUGAAUUGCAGUUAAAAUCGAAGCCAAAAAAGCCUUUUCUUUUGGGACCUCAGCGACUCUCUCUGGCUCACUCAAUGUCUGACCUAACUGGACCUCAGAUAACUUCAGAAAAAAAUAAAUCGGGAACAACUGGCAACUCUUACCUCUUCAGACGUCAGCUUGAGUCUGUUGGUUCUGAGGAUGAAAGUG